AUGGCCACUUCAGCAUUCAGGUCCACCACCAAGCGAACCCCAUUGCGAAAUCCUCUACUUCGUCCACUGAUGACUCCUCUUCUUCCAAUCGAUUAUUUUCUGCUUAAGAGCUAUGUCGUGGAGGAGAGCGACGAGGAAAUUGAGGAUAAGGAAGGUCCACAAGCAGAGCCUGAAGAGGAAGAAGAGGAGGAUGAGAUAAUCGAAUCGGAUAUAGAGAUUGAGGGCGAAACUGUCGAGCCUGAUAAUGAUCCCCCUCAGAAGAUGGGUGACCCGUCAGUGGAAGUCACAGAGGAGAACCGCGAGGCCUCACAGGAGGCAAAGUUCAAAGUCAUGGGGGCCAUAUCUGAAGGUAUUAGAAUGAAUGUUUUGGAUAAGCAUGGAGAUGCUAGAGAGGAAGUUGAGAUGGAGAUUAAAGAGAAUGUUUCCUAUCUUAUGCUUGAUUUUGUAAUAAAUAGCUUUAAAGAUUGCAUUCAACAUUGUAGAAAAUGGAUGGAUAAGGAAGUUGCAUAUAGCUUUAAAGAAGCUAUAUUGUUACUUGAAGAGCUUCAUGGUUAUGAAGAGAAUUUACGUGAAGCAAAGUUGGAGAUGAAGAGGUUUGUUGCUAAGAAAAUAGAAGAGAUAAGAAAGAGGAGGAUGGAGAAAGAAUAG